AUGGAAGAGAAGCAACACUACCUCGGCUCCAAAGCUGCCAAAUACGCCCUGGGCGUCCAUCGUGGGCCUCUCCCCCAAGACGAUGGCGACGGCUGCACAAUCGAGCAUGUCGAGACGGCAAACACCAUCUCCAUUAUCUUCCUGGCCGUGUUCUUGCCCAUAUUCUUCGUUGUCAUUAUCCCCGCUAUUGCCCAAAGAGUGGUCGACAAUUCGUCGCUCGUCGUCACAGAGACGAGCGUCAUGCAGCCGCGGCCGGAUUCGAUCAUGCUUAGCUUGAAGACCGCUCUGAAGCUGCCCAUCGGCGUUCCUGUGCGCAUCGACCCCAUAGCGAUCAGUCUCUUCAACCGUAAGACAAAGGGCAACGGGACCUGGGCCAAGGUCUACCUCGACGGCGCUACGAUCUCGGGGAAUACCACCCUGGCAGUCAAAGAUCAAUUCACCCCGUUGAAUGUAGAGCAAUGGAAAGAAUACGUCCACAGCGUGGUCUUCGAGAAAAACGCCCCGCUAUCGCUCAACGGCAAAACCACCGCAUAUCUCGGCAAGCUGAAGAAUCACAUCACCAUGGAUAAGGACGUGAAGCAAAACACCCUGGAUUCGUUCGCUGGCUUCGCUAUCGCAGACCCUCAGCUCCUUCUUCCUCCGAGGGAGGAUGGGACCAACCUAAUUGCCAACGCCACCUUGCCCAACCCUUCGGUCAUGACCUUGGAAAUCGGGACAACAGUCCUCGAUCUCAAAAGUGGAGACCUCGUCAUCGGCAACGCAACCAUCGACAACCUUGUCCUCAAACCAGGCAACCACUCUUCCCCCGUCCACGGCAUCAUGGACCUCAAGGUCUUACUCAAGAACCUCGUACCGAUCCUGCAGACCCAGGCCAGCUCCAUCAAGAACGGCUACCUCACUCUCGACACCGUCGGAAAAUCCGUCGUCUACGACGCGUCGAGGUCCCCUACUACACCGAACGGAAACAACAUUUUCUCCAAUCUCACCAAUAACUCGGACUCUAGUGGCGGUGGCGGCGGUUUGCUCGGUCUCCUCGGGGGUUCCGACAAGAGCCUGAGUAAUCUGUUGACCGGUCGCGCUGUGGAUGAGAUCUUGAAUAAUCCCGAGAAGCGCUCAUCUAUUAUUAAUGUCUUAGAGGGGUUCCUAUAG